AUGUCAUUAUUCACAUACAGAAACGUAUCAGUUCGUCGGUUUAAUUUGUGCGAGUGUAAUUAUUAUUACAAUGAGGAGGAAUGUAUUACAUUGAGUCGAUCACCAUUAGGUGUCUCAUGUGAAGUACUUGCUAUUCAAGUGAAAACUCGUGAAAGUAUUAUUAUUAUUCUUUGUAAAAACAUGAUGAAUCUUCGAGCAUUACAUGUUCAAUGUGAAGAUGAGAACAAUUCUGAAGGUAUACGGUUAUUAAUGAAUGAUGAUGAAUUUUGUGACGAAAAUACAUCAAACAAAGAUGAAUUUAUUCAAUGGUUAACUGAUCAUUUACCAUCAAAAUGUGUAAUUGUCAGAGAGCCAACGUCAGUUAGUCGUAUUCGAAUAUGGAUCUAA